CGUCGUCGACCAGCACAACAACAACACCAGACACCAUGUCGGGCCUCCAGCGGACAAUCAACCACGCGCGCAAGGUCGGCUUCAAGGAGUGGUUCCGCAUGAUGACGUACAUCGGCGACGCCAAGUACGGUACCCACGUCGGCACCGACCAGUUCGGCAACCGCUACUUCCAGCAGUACGACGCGCGCGAGGAGCUCCCCGGCCGCCAGCGCUGGGUCGACUACGCCCAGGACGACUUCAAUGCGUCCCAGGUGCCCCGCGGCUGGGCCUCGUGGCUCGCCCACACCCGCCUCGACCCCCCACCCGAGGACCCCAUCUACCAGGCCAGCAAGCAGAAGUGGGAGACGCCUUAUGUUGAGAACCUGACCGGCACUCGCGGCCGCUUCAUCACGUACUCGACGCAGGCCCCCAAGUCGGAGGCGUGGAAGCCCGAGGUCAAGCCCCGCGCAUAGAUGGUCGCGUGGGCGUAGUGUAGACGAUUAUCAAUGCAUCGGGUUCGGCAG